CGGAGUUGAGACCGUGUGAGGGCGCAGAGCAGCGCCGCGGAGCGCACACAUUUACCCGGGGAAACAAACACCUGUUGACGGAGCAAAAGGACAAAGACGAGAGUGGAGCUUCCUGUUGUGCUACACACCUGACUGCACACUCCACACGCCCACACAUCCCACUGUCUGGUGGGACCAUGUGGGUUCUGGAUAAAAUCCGUGGGUCGGUGGAGACCGGCGUGUUGCGUCAGGGGGAGAACGCAGACAGGAGAGGCGUCGCCUACAGCAACGUCCUCACCCCGGACAAGAUCCCAGACUUCUUCAUUCCUCCGAAGCUGGUCAGCGGACUCCCGGAGCCUGAGAUUCUUCACGCAAAGACCAAAGAAACCCUGCAACCUUCAAUUAUAGAGCAAAGUAACAGCGGCGGGAAGAAGAUCAGCAGCCCGAGAAGUCCACGCCUGGUGGCCAAGAUCGCAGGAGACACCAAGAACCUGCUGAGAGCGGCAAACCGUCACAUCAUACAGAUAGAGAGUGCUGACGAUGUUGGAGACACCAACGCAGACCCCCAGUCGCAGACGGCAAUGUCCCUGCCCUAUGUGCCCAAGACUCAAACACCUUAUGGCUUUGCCACCUUGAAGGAAAGCCCCCACACUCGCCGUAAAGAGUCGCUUUUCCACUGCGAGCUCAUCAGUCCUAUCACCUCCCCGAACACCCAGAGGAAGACCCAGGGGAGAAGCAGCGAAGGGGGGAACCACCUGAACCCGGCUGACUGUAACACGUCUCACAUGAAUCCGUAUCGGUACUUCAGCGGAGGGGAGAGUGACACCUGCUCCUCCGCCGAGUCCUCGCCCUUCAGCUCCCCCCUGCUCUCCCGCUCUGCCUCCCUGCUCAAGAUCUUCACCCAGGAGACGCAGGCCAAAGUCGUGAAGGCCAAGCGUACGUUCGCUCGCCACAGCUCCCUCUCCACCGACGAGUGCAGCUCGGCCGAGCCCAGCCCCAACAUCCAGCGACGGCUCCACGUGCCCUCCAUCCACGGUGCCGGAGCGCCGUACAACCACCAGGAGCACACCAUCAACCUGCACAAAAGCGGGACGGUGAGGAUCAGCGCCAACUACGACCCUAGCACCUCCCGCCUGCUCAUCCGCGUCCUGGCGGCGGAGAGUCUCUACGACAAGCACUUUGACAUCAAGAGCAUCAACUGCUGCGUGUCCGUGUACCUGAACCCGGGCAAGCUGCAGAAGCAGAGGAGCAACAUCAUCAAGAACAGCCGCAACCCGGUCUUCAACGAGGACUUCUUCUUUGACUCGAUAAGCGCAGUACAGGUGAAGAAGAUGUCGGUGAAGUUCAAGGUGGUAAACAAAGGCACCAGCCUCAAGAGGGACACCCUGCUGGGAGAGAGAGAGGCGCUCCUCACAAAGCUGCUCUCGGGAGUUUAAAGCACGUGGAGGUCAAAGGGGGCAGAAACAAGGACACUGAUUGAAACUUCAAUUAGAUGUUUGCACUGGUUUCUAUUCAAACUGCUCUUUUUAUUCCAACAGAAGAAAACAGAGUGGACAUUGCGAUGACGGGAGAAGGUAGUGAAAUGUAUUUCUAGAAAGAAAGAGGCUUUCAACCUGUGAAGUUCAUGAAGGGAACUGUAGGUGGACGUAAGAAGGAUUUAUGGUGUUCCAGGCUUCCCCGGUUCCUUCUCCCACUCACUGAAUGCUCAUUAAACCCAGCCCAACACAUGAAUCUCACAGAUGAAAGGGUUUUCUUUCUGGACAUAUCUCCCAUCCAACUUCCUCUGACACGUCUGGUUCAAAGGUUGUGCGGGACACCUGUGCAUCUAUCGCCGCCCUGUUCGUCAUGCGUGGUUUUAUUAUUGUAAUGUGACAUAAAUCCACAGCAGCACAGGAUGCAAUUCUAAAUGAGCUGCACCGCGUGUUCGGCACAAAGACGCUUUUGUGAAUCAGAGCUUUGAAGUGGCAGUACGUCCUGAUGUGCAAAUGACCCUUUGAUCCCAGUUGCCAUGGCCCACCUCCUACAUGGGGGGGGGGAAGGGGGGGAGGCAAACAGAACAGCCACAAUAGCCACAUUUACAUGCACAUCAAAAAUGGAAUUAUAAUGCAGAGUCCUAUUCGCCAUAAUCUGAUUAUGUCACUGUAAUUAUACUCGGAUUAACAGAAAGCAGAACUCCAGCAACAUAAAUGCUGCAAAAACCUCGAAGUCUCGCCUUUAAAUUUAUCAAACUAAAGUAAAAAGCACCUUGUGCAGUUUUCUAGACAGUAAACAAACAAAGGUUUUGUCUUUCUUACUAAAACACGAAUCCUUGAGGUCUAAAGACGUUUAAAAUGCAUUUUCUUCCUCUUUAAACUACUUUUUAUUUUAAAUCCUGCAUCGUUUACAUCCGUGCAGGCUUGUUAGUCUUCUUCUUGACUGCAUUUGUUGGCGCAUUGCUACGUUUGUCAUUCAGCAGAAUAAUGUGAGACCAGCAGCAGGAAGUGAAUUGCAGCAUAACUUAAUUAAUUAAACUAAAUUGGGUAAAGAAAUGGUAGAAAUGCAGUAAUAAUGUUGGAACUUGUUUCCAAGUAAAGUCAAAGAUUGCUUCCUGUGCAACAUUCAGACAUUAAAAUAAAAAUGACAAAUCUUAAAAUAACUCGAUUUCUAUUGGAAACAGGUUGAAAUAGUUUUACUGCUCUCCAUUACAGACAUAAAUCCACACAGCCUGGAGGAAUGUGGAGCUAAAAGGAAGAAAUGUUUGCAGGAUGUAUGACAAAAGUUCCAUCAUUUUAAUUUGGGUUUGGUUGAUGAAAUCUCUGGAGCCUUUUGAAGAACCCGUGUGGACGCUCCCGCUGCAGCCUGUCACGCUCGCCUCAUCCAUUGUGGGCGCCCUGAUUAAAUCUUGUGCAACCAGGCAACGAGCUCUCGACACAUCUCACUCCUGCAUUCAGACCUCCGAGUUAUUCUGCACAGACUCUCGACAACCAGCCCGAUUAGAUUAGGAGAUUUGAGCUCCAACAUUUAGCAACUGAAAACUAACAUUUAACAUAUCUCACAGCUGUCGGCUCCAUUCUGAUCGCAGUGGGACCAAAACAAUUAAACACGUCGAUCAUGUAAACACAAUUUAAAAAGACGUCAAUUUAUGCAACCAGGCUGCUGCCUUAGUCACAGUAUUGGCAGUGGACAAACACAGAUACAGUACUUUGUAGUGUGCAUGUAAAUGUAUUAAAUGUCUCAGAGCACUGGUGUCACAGUUGCAUGGCACGAAUACGUCUCUGACCUACUGGUGUUUGCAUGACAUGUUUAAAGUUUUAUGAAACCCUAAAGCCUUACUAAGUAUGUGUGUGAGAGAGAAAGAGAGUAAGUGUGUGUGUUAAGUUGUUAAUUUUCUAUAUAUGACGUGAAGUAUUUUGUAAAACGAACGUGUUGGAUUUGUACUGUAUAUAACUACAUAUAUACUAGUUUCUACAACUGUCAGCGAAAAUGCCAAUUAUGCACCAGAGAGUGAGAAGUGAUGAUGAGAGGCAUUUAAUUACACCUGUUUCAACGUUAAUUACACCCGGGGGGACGACGACGACGACGACAAUAUUAUGUGUUUUAACAGCAGGAAAUAAGUCUGAGACAUCAACAGGAUGCAAGUGACUGUUUCUUACACCCUGCCCCGGAGGCUUCUCUCUCCUGGUGUCUGUAGCUCACUCGUAGCACUGCUCUCGAUAUGCUCUCGAUUAUACGUUAUAUACAGUCACGCUGCUGGUUGGCUUUGUUAUUGUGUGAAAGUCAGUGGUCUGUUGCAAAGUGCCUGCUCGUACAGUUAUCUAGCAUGACUAACAAACUUCAGUGGUGUCAGUAAUGAAUUUCAGUGGAUUCAUAUUGUGCAGCGGUGAUGAAGAUGUGCUGCUGACACACAUGUUUAUUAUUAACUCCUGAAAUGUGAUGUGUUCUGCAAUCUGCCCCACUGAGUACUAUUCUUUAUUUUAUUAUAACUUUAAUCUCUAAAUAGUUUCAGAAAAGGCAGAAGCUGAAGACAAAAAGAUAUAUUUUAACAACUCACAUUUCACAAUAUAGCAGCAAAGUUGCAUCCAUCUUUGCUCUCAUGUAUUGAGUGUGUUUGUGCACUUCUUAUUGCUCUUGUAGUAGAUUGUGAGCUGAGCUGAAUGAUCUCAGGAGAUAACUUUGAUUAUUUUCAGUGGAAACCACGUUGUUGAUAGCAAAUCAUAUAAAAAGGUUUCAUCCUCUGUACAUUUAUGUUCUACUCGUAUCAGUCUAAGCAGUCUCCUGCUACCAUUAGCAUGUUAGCCUGUUCUGUUAGCAUCAGUCUCAGAGUGUAGCUGAGGCUGACGGGAUUUGUUAAAACGUACUUUAGAGAUGAUAAGGUUUAUACCGUUCUCAUAUCUGUAAGCUGCAUAUUGAGCGAGAGCCAGGAGGCGAUUAGCGUUAGCUUAGUGUGAAGAUGGAAGACGGCGAGCUUUGGCUCACUCAGAAGUUCGUGAAAAUAAAACGCCUGCCAGCUCCUGUAAAAGCUUAUUCACAUAUUAUAUUGGGUUUGUUUAAUUCAUACACAAACUAUGAACAAUUGUGGUUUUAUAUCGCAAACCCUUUUAACUUUUAGAGAGUUUAUGAUAUGAUGCAUCUAAUUCUGAAGUCUGUAAUGUAAGAAUAAUUAAACAUGUCUAUAAUGAACAUUGCCACUAGUGAGAGUUGUGUUGUUGAUAUCUUUCAUUAGAAUCACAACUAAUCAAAAUUACAUUAUGGAUUUGUCGACUUGGAAAUAUAACAUUUACAAAUUGACUUGUAGAUUUUGAAUAGAAGUCAAAGGUAAAAGUUGUUUAGUUGUAAUUUUGACGAGAUGCUAAUGAAACGAAUAUGUUGUCUUGGAAUUCUACCAAUUAUUGAUUUCUACAUUUUCUUUUUCUGCUACUGAUUAUAUGUUAAAAUGGACUUUUAAAGGUGUUCUGACGUUGUGACAGAAGUGUUAUACAAGUAGAAGUUUUGACCCGUUUGUGGUGCUUGAUAAAUGUCAGCUGACCCCCCCACAACAAUCAGGAUUCUCCGUCUGAGGACGAUGAAUACAUGUAACAACUCUUAUGGAAAUUAAUUGAAUAGUUCCAUUAGUUCAAUAGUUCACGCUCGUUGAUUAUUUUGAAUGUUGACCUUUGCUUCCCACUGGGGAUUUACAGGAAGCACCCGUCAUGCUGGUGGACAUCAGUCUCCCUGCACUCGAUAGCUGUUUAACUGAAUGAGGAGCAGAGAGGCUUGACUGAUAACAUCCAACAUGAGAACUGAGUAAAGUGCUGGUGUGUGUGUGUGUGUGUGUGUGUGUGUGUGUGUGUGUGUGUGUGUGUGUGUGUGUGUGUGUGUGUGAGAGACUGAGAGUGCUGCUCAGGUCCAUGUUGUUUUUCAUUGACGGUCACAUUUAAUUCCCUUUUUUCUUUUUUUUUAAUAAACUGUACAAAGGCUGCAGUCUUCCUGUCUUGGCAGGUUCUCUCUGAAAAAGUGCCCGUCCGUUACUUGACAAUGAAAUCCUUCAUUUCCUUCAGACUUGUAACGACGCAGCUGGUUUCCAUGUCGCUGUUCUUCUCGUGUGCAGGUAGAUACUUUCUUUACUGUGAUGCAACAACCACCGAUCUCUGGUUCUUUACUGUGUUGAUGGAUGUGAAAUACUUUAAUUAAAGGAAAAGUUCCACAGCA